AUGCAUGCCUGUCUGUGCGAAGGUGGCCCCAGCAGCAGGGCGCUGCCUCCGUCGCCGCAGGCAGAGCGGCCGGUGCUGCACAGGGAGCGAGAGCGGUCGCCGGUGGGACGCGCAGAGCAGCGGGCAGGCCACGAUCGCGCAGCCGAGCGCCGCCGGCCAGAGGACGUUGCACCGGCGCGCCCGCGCACCAUCCGCAGCCAGGUGCACUAUGAUGGCAAGGUGAGCACCGCGCCAGCUCCGGCCGAGACCGAGGCAGAUGACAAACCGCCUCGCGGCCGUCACAGCGACGCCCGGGAGCGUUUGGACGGCCCAGACCAUGACGCGCAAAGGAACGUCUCGCCAGAUCAACGCCAGGUCAGCGCGCCGCGCGGAGACCGCGGCCGGGAUCCCGGCAGCGCGCCCGGCCGCCUGGCCGGGCGCAUCACCUCGCAGGUUGUUGGCUUUGACAGGCUGCAGCAGCGGGAGCAGCCAGAUCCUGGGCACCAGCAGAGGAGCAGCGGCAACAACAUCAACCGGGCAGGCAAUGGAGUCUUCCAGCGCCUUGGCGGCACAGCACCAUUGCAGCACAGGCCGGCGGGCGGCAUGCGCGCGGAUGCAAGGGGCAAGUGGGGCCACGACUUGUUUGAAACUGUCAACGCAGAGCAGGAAGAGAAGCCCAGCCUUCUGCGGAAGAGCCUCUUGUUCUGA